GCCUUCUUCCCUCUUCACUCUUGCCCUUCAAUCUGCGUACGGCUCGGCUCUCUAACAACAUGAGCCACAGGAAGUUCGAACACCCCCGUACGGGUUCCCUUGGUUUCCUGCCGCGUAAGCGUGCCAGGCGUCACCGGGGAAAGGUGAAGUCCUUCCCCAAGGAUGAUCCCUCGAAGCCCGUCCACCUUACGGCCUUCCUCGGUUACAAGGCGGGUAUGACCCACAUUGUUCGUGACUUGGACCGUCCUGGAUCAAAGAUGCACAAGAAGGAGGUCGUCGAGGCUGUGUCCAUCAUCGAGACACCUCCCAUGGUCAUCGUUGGUGUGGUUGGUUACGUUGAGACUCCCCGCGGUCUCCGCUCCUUGGCUACCGUGUGGGCUGAGCACCUGAGUGAUGAGGUGAAGCGUCGCUUCUACAAGAACUGGUACCGCUCCAAGAAGAAGGCUUUCACCAAGUACGCCAAGAAGUACGCCGACGGAGGCAAGCCCAUUGCCCAGCAGCUUGAGCGUAUUAAGAAGUACUGCCAGGUUGUGCGUGUCAUUGCCCACACCCAGAUUCGCAAGGUUAAGAUCGGUCAGAAGAAGGCCCACGUCAUGGAGAUCCAGCUCAACGGUGGCUCCGUCGCCGACAAGGUCAACUGGGCCAAGGAGCACUUCGAAAAGACUGUCGAUGUCAGCUCUAUCUUCGAACAGGAUGAGAUGAUCGAUAUUAUCGGUGUUACAAAGGGUCACGGUUUCGAGGGUGUCACUCACCGUUGGGGUACUAAGAAGCUUCCCCGUAAGACUCACAAGGGUCUCCGUAAGGUCGCUUGUAUUGGUGCAUGGCACCCGUCCCGAGUCAUGUACUCGGUUCCUCGUGCUGGUCAGGACGGUUACCACCACCGUACUGAAAUGAACAAGAAGAUCUACCGUGUCGGCAAGGCUGGUGACAAGAACAGCGGUGCCACCGAGUACGACCUUACCCAAAAGACGAUCACCCCUCUUGGUGGUUUCCCCCACUACGGUAUCGUCAACGAGGACUGGAUCAUGGUUAAGGGAUCCACCCCUGGUGUUAAGAAGAGGGUUCUUACUCUUCGCAAGUCUCUCCUGGUCCACACCAAGCGUUCGGCUUUGGAGAAGGUGCAGCUCAAGUUCGUCGACACCUCUUCCAAGUUCGGACACGGUCGUUUCCAGACUGCCAGCGAGAAGGCUUCCUUCUUCGGUACCCGCAAGAAGGACAUCCAGGCUUAGGAAGUUUUCAUUUGUGUUCAUUUACUUAUGCGGUGACGGUUAGCCGGUUCCUUUGACCUAAUAAUAAAAGUGCCUGGCUUGGUGUACAUAUUUGUUCCUUAUUCUCAGCGUGCUGUUUAUAUUGGCAAGCAAUUUUGUCUAACCGUCGGUGAAACCCUUGUGCAUUUGCUUAGGCAGCUAUACUGUACAAAUGUGGGCUGCUCCAAGAUGUCGCUCUUCAGAAAGUUUAUGAUCGUAUGCGCAUUCGAAAACGAAUUGUUUCUAUGGUUGCAUCGAAGCGGGUUCAACAGGAACCGAAUGAUCA